CCAUGAAACUCUUCGUGCACCUCCUCUUCUUCUUCUUCUUCUUCUUCCUUCAAGCAGCAGUUUCCAUUGGUCCCUCGCAAUUGACUCACCCAUUUGACCCAUUAACAAAACAAGAAAUCACCCUAAUCCAAACCAUAAUCCUAAAUAAAUAUCCGACCAAAAGAAACCAUGUCAAGUUCCACUACGUAGGCCUCGACGACCCCGACAAAGCCACUGUCCUCAAAUGGGUCUCAACCGGCGCCCCAACCACACGCAAUGCCUUCGUCAUCGCCAUCAUCAACUCCCAAGUCCACGAGCUCACAAUAAACCUACGGUCCUCUCGGCUUCUCUCCGACAACAUCCACACCGGAAACGGGUUCCCCACCUUAACGGUGGAUGAGCAAAGCGACGCCUUGCAACUGCCCUUCAAGCACCGUCCCUUUGUGGAGUCCAUAAAAAAGAGGGGCUUGAACUUGUCGGAAGUGGUGUGCUCUGGUUUCACCGUCGGAUGGUACGGCGAAACCCAGAGCAGCAAAAGGGUUCUUAGAAUCGAGUGCUUCAUGAAGGAAGAAACUGCGAAUAUCUACGUGAGACCCAUCAAUGGAAUAACCAUUGUGGCUGAUCUUGAACAGAUGGAGAUCAUUGAAUAUCAUGACAACGCUGUUGAGCCUGUUCCCAAGGCGGAAAACACCGAAUAUCGAGCUUCGCAUUUGAAACCACCGUUUGGUCCGAGGCUUCAUUCUUUUGCCUCAUAUCAACCCGAGGGUCCUGGCUUCACCAUCAAAGGACACAGUGUCAGCUGGGCGAAUUGGAAGUUUCACAUAGGGUACGAUGUUCGAGCUGGAGUGAUAAUUUCAACAGCAUCAAUCUACGACCCUGAAGUGCAUAAAUCUCGUUCAGUGUUAUACAGAGGAUACAUUUCUGAACUAUUCGUGCCAUACCAGGAUCCAACCGAGGAAUGGUAUUACAAGACAUUCUUCGAUGCCGGUGAAUUCGGGUUCGGUCAAUCUAUGGUUUCUUUGGAACCCUUCCAUGAUUGUCCCCCACACGCACAAUUCCUAGAUUCCUAUCUUGUCGGAAGGGACGGAAGCCCUCAACUCUUGCACAACGCUAUCUGUGUGUUUGAACAGUAUGGUGGUAUCAGUUGGCGUCACACUGAAACAGGAAUUCCUAACCAGGAAAUACGAGAGGUUAGAUCUGACGUCACUCUUAUAGUUAGAUCAGUGGUUACAGUCGGCAACUACGACAACGUCAUAGAUUGGGAGUUCAAAACAAGUGGUUCAAUCAAGCCUGCUAUAUCGCUGUCGGGGAUGUUGGAAAUUAAAGCAGUGGACAUUACACAUAAAGACGAGAUAAAGGGAGACCAACAUGGCACAUUGGUGUCAGAAAACAGCAUUGGUGUUUACCAUGAUCAUUACUACAUUUACCAUCUUGACUUCGACAUUGAUGGUGUGGAUAACUCGUUUGUGAAGACGAAUCUGAAGACUGUGGAAGUGAAUGACCAGAGUUCAAAGAGAAAGAGCUAUUGGACAACUAGUAGUGAGGUUGUGAAGACUGAAUCUGAUGCAAAGAUAAAACUAGGGUUUAGUCCAUCAGAGCUAGCAGUGGUGAAUCCUAACAAAAAGACAUCCACUGGGAACGAGGUGGGCUACCGUUUGGUUCCAAAUGCAGCAGCUCAUCCACUUCUCACCGAUGACGACUUUCCUCAAACACGUGGUGCCUUCACCAAUUACAACGUUUGGGUUACGCCUUACAAUAGGACUGAGAAAUGGGCUGGCGGGUUAUAUGUUGAUCAGAGCCAUGGAGAUGAUACGUUGGCUGUUUGGACUAAGCAGAACAGAGGUAUUGAGAAGAAGGACAUUGUAGUGUGGUACGUGGUGGGAAUCCACCAUGUCCCGUGUCAGGAAGAUUUUCCAAUAAUGCCUUUGUUGAGCACUGGAUUUGAAUUGAGACCAACAAAUUUCUUUGAGAGAAAUCCAGUUCUUAAGACCCUUUCUCCUGGGAUUGUUAAAGGGCCAGGCUGUAAGAAGCCAUAGAUUUGCUUCUUCUUUGCUUUCUCACUUUAACCACAUUGUUAGAACACGUCCAAUUCAGAGAAAGGCCGUGUUUUAUGUACGGUGAGAAAAGAAUA